AGUUUGACAGUUUGAAGAGAAGAUAUAUCUUUCUUUAUUCAAACUCACUUUAUUAAUUGACGGAAAGAAACUAUGUGGACCUUUAAUGAGCCAUUGUUGAAGAAACAUAGGAGCAGGUUGUUGCCUUGAUGGAAGCCGAUAUCAUAUUCUGCGACACGUUUCUGCUUACCAGUUGUGAUGCAUCUUAGUUGUCUGGUGGAAAAGGGAUUGUUACCAACGAGUGGAAACUUAGAUUUGAAGGGCGAUACGUGCCUUGGGUACAAUUUCUUUUCGUUCUUCGUUGAACUGUUUAACUUCAAAGCUGCCUUGAUAUGUAAUUGCUUCCCAAGAACUACUCUGAUCACGCAAUGAGUAUGAAUCGUGUUAACGCAUUAUAAACUUCCAUGUAUGAAGCUGUAUCGAAAAGGUCAUGAUGUAAUUUUUAUCUCUCUAUUGAAUUAUUAUUCGUUUUGAAAUUUCAAAAUAUGGCUUACCAGCAAUACAUGCACACAUCCCCGUAACUUGACUGCGACAGGCAUUGUGAUAACUGCGACAUCGCCUGUAAUUGUGAUGAUUGAGUGCAAGAGGUAUCAACUCAUGCUUGGCAUACAAGUGCGAUUUGAAAUGGCACUCUCUAGCUGCUGUAAAAGUUGGAGUACAUUGCCGAGCGACAGUACAUUGCUGACGAAAGCUUCUUUUUGAAGACAAAUUUUUAUUACAACGUUUUCCUUUUCGUUUUCGUUCUGCUUGCAUUUUUGUUCAAUACUUAGUUUCCCAGGUGGGCAAAUACAUAAGCUCAAAUGACAUUCUUCAGUUGCUGAAUAACACGAAGGUAAAAAACUUCAUAAUCGAGGUAAAGCAAUCUAAAUUACGAUCAUUAGCCUUUGAGUUCCACGUGCUUGAAAACUGCAGAACUGACAUUUUGAUGACGUUAUGCAAGCUUUAUAUAGCAAUAACUCGUUAUCUGCAGGUCUGAUAGAGAUUUUAUUUAGAGUUUUUUGCUCCUUUUACAAUUCCAAACAAGAUGGUUUGAGCGAUUUUCCAAAAAAUCUAUCUCAAGGGGAAUGUAUCUUCAAGGUAGUGGGUAGCAUACUAUUGAUGUGUACAUUUUUAAGUUAACGAGAGUUUCUGUCAAAAUACCCUACAUUAUUCUCGGUCUUUUGUUUUCAUUCCAGCCUGGUAAAAGAAAAAGCUUAGUAUCUUUCAAAGUCGAAAAGAAUAUAGAGUUUGGGGUUCACAUGGGCUCAUGACUUGGUCCCUUAUUAUGCCUGACCUAUGCCAAUAAUUGCCCAUGUGCAGACAUGGAAACAAAAUAUUUGGUAGCGGUAUCAGCAAUCUCUAUUUUUUCAAAAUCAGCAUCGGGGCUCUUUGUUUUCAGGGUCACAUGUGACUCAACAGGGCCAUAAGAUCGCAGGCCAUCGCUCGCAAACAAGCAGUGUACGAGAACACUUGCUUUGGCGACGGUCGUCGAUUAAAUGAGAACCACGCUAUUAUAUGAUCCCCUCUACGGAGCUACUUGCAUAACACCCCUGCCCAGGGACGGAUUUAAGUGAUAAGGAUUAAGGAGGUGUUAGAUAAUGAUUGGCUUUCAGGGGGUGUCACAACCUCUACACCCCCAGCAAAACCGUUCCUGCCCCUGCCCCGGGAUCAUAAGCCCCUCUCCCCAUGCUUUUUGCUAUCCUCUUCUAUCAACAAUCUCAUGACAACGAGUGACGCAAUCAUUCAUUGAAAAAUUUUAAUGCAUUGCGGCAAUGUCAGGUCAGGUCAAGUUUUCGAGGAGAUGAAGAUGGUGGUAGUUAUACUUAUUCCUGGUCAUUUCGAAACUGAAAUUUACGCACAGAAUAGCGGUAAUUUUAGAACCUAAGGAAUAUUCAUAUUUGGUGUAUUUUCUUAAACGAAGAAUCGUGUAUUGAGCUGCAAACAAGUUUCAAAAUGGAUGUGUUUCCGUUGCGAAUGUGCCCGGAGAAUUGCAGUGGUCAUGGAAUCUGCAGUGUGAUGAAUAACGGGACUUGCGUGUGCGAGGUCCAAUUUACUGGCGGGUCAUGCGGACAUUCAAAUAAAAGCUUUUUCAUUCCAUUUGGUGUUGUAUUUUAUCUUGUGUGUUUGACAUCUUUUACUCAAUUGGUCCUGUGUAUCAGAGCAGAGUUUCAAAAAUUAGGCACAGUUCACAUUGCCAAUGCGUUUCGUCUGACUGUACAGAAACUGCUUUAUGUGUUUGUUAUUAUUGCAACUGGAUCAAGAGCUGUAUAUUUCACCGUUCAGGAUUACAUCCCAGAGCCAUGGAAGCACAGCCUUCUUUCAUCAUAUUAUCCGUUUAUCAUAUCUGGAUAUUCAAUAAUUAUUUGUUUCUGGGCUGAGAUAUUUCAUGUUGGAGAACAUCCUGCUGAUCAGAGGUUUCUCACCAAGUCUUAUGUGGCCUGUGCAAUCUUUAAUGUGUUAGUCUAUAUGCUGCUAUUUGCUCAGUUCAUAUCUUCAAAACUGACAAAUAUUGAGCUAAAGGGAUUACUGUCAUCCUCAAUAAGUCACAGAAUUGCACAUCUUACUGAGGUCUUCAAUGGUCUUUUUGCAUUUCUGAUGUUUGUCGUCUUGGUAUUUUUCCUAAUAUAUGGAGUGGAAAUAUUUUGUAAGUUAAAGGGGAAGUUUACAAAGACAACAUCGUUUGAAACUCAAAUAAAUUCAAAUAUGGUGUUUCAGUCGAGGAUCGGAAUUAUCGCUCAAGGACUUCUCCAGCUUGCCACCACAGUUUUUUUGCUGAUCGAUGUGAUUGGGUCAAGUUGGAAGGAAAGUGUUGCUAUUGGCGAUCGCAACAUCGUCGAAAUUGUUUUCAGAGUUCUAGAACUGGGGGUCGCCCUUUGGUUUCCUUGUGUCUUGUGGAACGUGCACAAGCCUGAAGAGUUGUGGUUGCUAAAUCCAGCAAAGCUGCUGCAUAGAAGAAAGGCAAAGCAAACAGAAGCAUCUUCCUUAUUAAAUGAAAAAAGCAAAGGCUAUGACACGUUUCAAUCGAAUGACUCUGACGAUCUAGCAAAAGUUGAUCUUGAAGAAAACUGCUGGAUUUGCUAUGACACAACACGAACCGAUGUUGGACAGUUGAUUUCACCGUGUAAUUGCAAAGGGGAUACUUCAAUUGUUCAUGAAGGCUGUUUAAAGAAAUGGCUGCUUGAGUCUUUGCACGAUCUGGAGGAAUCCCCAACAUGUAAAAUUUGUAAAGCACAGUACAACGUGCACGAGACUUCUGCUUGGUAUUCAUUCGUUCUACAUAAAAGAGCUUGCUUGCAGUCAUGCCUGAUCAUUUCAUUGAUAGUAUUCGCUCCCGUUGCAACUGGUCUUAGUUUACAUCUACUGAAAAUGGACUUUGUCAAGAUCAUUGCCAUUGGUGGAUUAAUGUUAUUCGAAUAUCUUUGUUUCAGGCUCCUUGGUGUUAAUAUCUUUUCAACUCUAAGAAGAGCUCGGAUUCAGGCAUUUCGAAUCCUGGAUGCAAAAUCUGAAGAUGCAAAUAUUGUUGAGGAGGAGAUUGAUGCGGAUCCGUCGGAAAUUGUCCCGAUUUGAUUUGUAUUGGACGCUGUCGUUUCAGGUAUUCAACUCACCCAGACUUAAACACUCGCUUGAACUUUUUUGUGAUUAAAUCACACACAGUGUUUAGAAACACAUGCCUAAUAAUAUAUAAAUUUUCAGAGUUUUUAGUGUAUGAAAUAGCUAACUAAAUUAACUUGAGUCCAAGCCACGCACCUAAAUCUCCAUAUAGAAUGUCCAAUCCACAAACUUUGGGCCUGCCACCUCGCUUGCCGGUUUUGCUGUUGUGUAUUUUUUUAACUGUUGAAUGUUAGUUCAAGUAAACCUGAAGCUUAUUACAGCAUGGCAAAUGCUUUGAAAAGGCAAAAUAUCAAAUCUUGGCUUUUUAGCCACGGAACUCUUACAAGAGCAAAAUCUAUUUGCAUCGGUAGGUGAUCUUUGUUCACAGAAUGUUUGCUUUUUAUUUGACAGAGUUUAGCACUUGCAUAAUCAAGACUACAAUCUUAUCCAGAAGUCUUGGUACAAUACCUAAAUUUUGGCCCAUUCUAAGUGGCACGAAACCUUCCCCCUACGAACAAUUUUAUUUAUCAUAAUAUCAGUAUCCAGAAGCUAUUCCAAUUAGCGCCUAUCAAAUAGUUAUGAUAGGUAACUCUGCAGCCAACAUUUAUUUUGGGAAAUCAAAGCUACAGUGUCCUUCAUUUAUACCGAAAAUUUUUUCAUUUAUCAAAACAGCUCUUAGGCUACAAGUCGUUCCAAGUACUUCUGAGGAUUUCUCUGACAGCAUGAGCUCUUUAUGAGUUAAGUGGGUCACAUGACUACUUGCACUCUUUUAACAUUGGUGACAAUCCUGCUUCCAUUUGUCAUCAUCGAUCUCUUAUGCGUAGCUCCUGUUUCUGACCAAAGUAUAGAGACAAAAUCCGACGUUUGCAUUGAAAUCAUAGGCGUAGAAACCGGGGACACAGGGGAGGAGGGCACCUGCUCUAGAGGUAAAACACCUCAGUAGAGGUGUCCUUUUUGACUGCAUAGACCCCUCCUCCACUUUUAAAAUUCUUUCUACUUGUAGUUUGAAUCACGAGCAAAUAAAAACUUUGCAUUCUCAAGGUCCAUUGCAAUCCAUAUUUGAAACGCAGGGAAAGAAUGUGAACCAUAAAGAGGUCUUUGCUGGUUUUCUACAAAAACUAGAAUGUGUUUUUAUAGUUGCACCGCUGUUGUUCCCAGUCAUUGUAACUACUUGUGCCAAAGUGACAGUACCAAUAUUGGAUGAGAAGAGUCACCCGAUAUUGACACUGUUAUUGUACUAAUAUCAAAUAGGUCAUAAGUUACUUUGCGACGGUUGCCUACGGUAUUAUUUCAAAAAGCCUGCUAAGUGGGCUAACAUAAGGUGACACGGUGGAAAAUUAGUUCUUUCCAGUGUGUAGCUUGGACAAAUUAAGUGUCCUUACUUAAAUACUGCAUUUUAAUGCAGUGUUGAGAAGUAGAUGAUUUAAUUUAUAAACUUUUUUGAUAUUUUUUUAUUUAAUUGGCUAAUUGUAGAGAGCAUCAUAGUAUUAAUUAGACUAGAAUGAUUUUGAGCAGUACUUGAAAAUACCUUGAAAUCUUUCCACAUUGAUUAGAAAAAUCUCAACUAGUAAUUGUUACGUUGUUAUUUAAUUCGACUAGUGAUUGAGGGCCUUACACCUUGAGUUAUUUAAUUUCAUGGAAACAAGAUUUUAAUCGAUGCCAAUAUGAAACCAAGAAGGGAAAUGGCCUAAUCAGGGAUGUUUGAAAUUGUUUAGGGCCGUUUAAAAAGAACGUUAUAAUGGUUAUAUGACAUUGCAUGCAAACUGUUUACCUAAAGGUAGAUGAAAUCGUUAAACUGGGGGAGUGGGACCAGGGUUGUAGUGCUAACAACUAACGGGGAGGCUCUUGCGCAAAAUGUUGCAAAAAUAGAGCUUAGAUAGAAACUGGCUGCUUUUCGCGAUUAAAAAAUGUUCGCAGCCCCUCCUAAGUCCCCUAGCACUACACCUUUGAGUGUGAUUCUUAAUUUAUUUGAAAUGAAAAAACAGAAUAUUCAGCCGUAUUCGAUUGGCGUCGUUUUUAUAGUGUAUCAAAAUUCUUUUGAAUAAUUUAGACUGCAUUUUGUAGUAUUUUCCUUUCGCUGGACAUAAAUUCCCAGGGAAUUAAAUGAUUUCUUGUGUGAUUAAUUGAUGUAAUAUUUUUUAUGUAAAAUUGAAAUGCUAAUUUCGAUUGUAAAAUGAUGUUUGUGGUGGUUGAAAUAGAUUAUUCUGAUUUCAGUGAGAAACGGAGAUCAGUUGCUGA